AUGUCGGGGAUCCUCUUUGAAGACAUGUUCGUCGUCGAGACCGUCGACCCCGGCCGUUACACCCGGGUUGCGAGAAUCACGGGGUCGCUGCUGACGCUGCAGGACAUCAAGAUCACGUUGGACAUCAACAGCGAGUUGUUCCCCGUCAAGGCCAACGACUCGCUCACCAUUGCGUUGGCGUCGCUGUUGGGCAACGAGCUGCUGACGAUGACGCUGAACGGGUCGUGGAGACCUCCCAAGGGCAACGAGCGCUCGCUCGCCGACGACUACGACUACGUGAUGUACGGCACCGUGUACAAGUUCGACGAGAACCUGGGCGACGACAAGAUGUCGGUGUACAUUUCCUUCGGUGGGUUGUUGAUGUGUUUGCUGGGCGGCUACCGGUCGUUGCUGAACUUGAAACAAGAGAACGCGUAUAUUUUGGUGCGUCAUUACAAGGACAAUUAG